UAAACCAGACUACAGGCUGUUUCAGAGCUCACAAGUUACAGAAUGAAUGGGAUAACAUUCCUGCUGCUGGCACUUAGCUGCCGUUUGACCCAGGCUGAGGUGGGACACCCAGCUACCUAUCCUGACAACUGCAAUCUGAUAAAAGACCUGGCAGCUACAGUUGAGAAACUGUCCACCAUGACGGAGAAGAUGGGGCUGAUGGAGACCAGGCUGCAGACGACGGAAAGAGAGUUGGAGGAGCUGAAGAAAGUGACUUCGGGCAAGCCUCAGGUAGCUUUCUCAGCCACACUCAGAGAAUCAGGCAAUGGUAACACUGGACCCUUCAAUGUUGACACACCUCUGCAGUACAAGAAUGUCUACUCAAACGUGGGCAACUGCUACAACCCUGCUACAGGUAUCUUCACAGCCAGUGUGAAGGGGAUGUACUACUUCCGGUUUUCCAUGAUGAACAACCUGAGUCCGACGCCUAACUCUGUGGUGUCCCUGAUGAAAAAUGACCAGAGGCUGGCAUCUGUGUGGGACACCACAGGGUCUGAUUCCAAUGAUAUUGGCAGCAACGCAGCAGUCAUUCCUCUGGAGGUGGGGGACAAUGUUUUCAUCAGACUGGUCGCCAACAGACUCAUCUAUGAUGAUGCUAUGAACUACAACACCUUCAGUGGCUUCCUGCUCUUUAACAUGUAAAGCAAACACUGAAACAUUGUUCAACUGAAUUAAUGACUUUAGUACACAUCAAGUUAGUAGUCAGUAAUGUGUGCAGCUCACUGCACAGUGAUGUUAUACCUACAGUGAUCCAACUGAAUUUUAGUUGUUCUUAACAUUACCAAAAGAAAACACACAACAAACACAGAUAUUUUGAAUUUUAGUUCUGGUUGAACAACAUUAUUUGUCUGUAAUAAAAUGAAACUGUACAAUUAUAUUAACCUUAUUAAUAAAUGCCAUGCAAAACA